UUACAGGCUCUCAAAAUUCCGUCUACUUUUUUACUUUAUUCACUCAUUUCACCAAAUUAAAUCUAAGCAUAAUGAAGCAGAGUUCUGAUAUAGGCACAAGAGAUUCUAGGCGAGAUCGCGAUGACCGUGACUCUCGUGACAGAGAAGGAUCGAUUGAUUAUAGAAGGCAUAAUUUUCAAUUUAGACGAGAGCGCGAGGAAAGCGAUGAACGUGAAAGGCAAGGAAUAAAUAUGUUUAGAAGACAAGAUGAGAUAUAUGGAACACCAAUAAAUCGAAGUACUCAACGACGUGAAUUUGAUGAAUUUGGUCGAGCUCCAGGAGAAAGAAUUUUAUAUAAUGAUCGCAGAAAUAAUAAUGACAUAAGACGUGAAGGCAUAGGCCGUCAGUUAGGUCCUAAUAUACGUGACCAUGAAUAUGAUGACCGAAAUCCAAGCCGUAGGGGUCGAUAUCGUCCACAUGAUAAUCCUGGUCAGAGGGAUUAUUUUCCACAUCACCGCAUGUAUCAUUACAGAGAUGAUUGGGGGGAUCCUCGUACAAUACCAAGAAGCCAUGAAAGAAAAAGACCGGAACAUGAUAGGCCUAGAGAUAGAGAGCGAAAUGAUCGCGACAGAAAUGCUUCAAUAUCUCGCGAACGUCAAUUAAGUCGUAUUGGUGUAUCAUCACGAGAUUGUGCAAACCAAUAUAUUCACAACAUGAGCGGAUUUGAUUAUCAAGAAUUAGAAACACGACCAAAAUUUUCUUUUGGAUUUAAUAAUAAAGACAUAGAAAGAGAUGAAUUUCAAGGUAUAGGACCUACAUACGGUAGUAGGCGUAAUAGAAAUAGAUCAACUUCCCCUUCUCCUAGAUCUUCG